GCUGACGCAAGGGGAUUCAGAGGGCCCGUGGUAGCGAACUGAGUGGACACUGGAAAGCAAUGAAGGCUAUGGGAACCGAAGGGAAGGUCCACCACUCACUCAGUGAUCUCAGGACGGACUGAAGCUAUAUUUCCAUACGUCAUUGAAUGUCAAGGAUUUGAACUACCUUGUUGAGGGUCGGCGUGGAAGACCUUUGGUGAUUGCUAAAUAUGAACGUGUACAGUAGCGGUUCUGGAAAGUGAAAGUCGCGUAAGAAUAUCCUUAUUGUUUGAACUUCGUAGAAAACCUGUUGGAAAGUCCAGUGAACGUUAUUUAACAGAAACCGUAUAUUCUUACUCAACCAAUUUACGCAAUAACAUUUAUCCUUUUAUUUCUGUAGCGGUACGAACGCGCUCUUCGUGUUGUGAUUCGGAGUAUAGGCUUGUGUUUUGUGGCUCAUCUUAACUUUAUAAUUUGGACCCAUUAUUAUAGUUUCAGUCGCUUAUUUUCAUCUUGAGUCGUCACCAGAAAUUCUAGGUUGUGUUGAAUUGGAUAAACACUAAAGAACUGUUUGACCAUGCUUCAAAAUGGUAAAGCCAAAGAGGAAAAGUCUUCAGAACUGUCACAGACCGGGGCUGCUGAACCUCAAACUCAACCAGGGACCGAGGAUGACACCGCGCAAAUGACGAAGACUGACUCCACACACUUUCCCAUGCCAGUUAAUCCUAAAGUGGAGAUAAAGCGCCAUGCGGUCACUGACGACUACAAGAUCUCAAGCCAGGUUUUGGGUUUGGGUAUCAAUGGCAAAGUCUUGCAGUGCUUCAACAAGAAGACCGGGGAGAAAUGCGCAUUAAAGAUACUGUAUGACAGUCCCAAGGCGAGGCGGGAGGUCGAGCUGCACUGCCGGGUGUGUGGAGGGCCCUACAUCGUGAGGAUCCUUGGCCUGUAUGAAAACAUGCACCAUGGGAAGAAGUGCCUUCUCAUCAUCAUGGAAUGCAUGGAGGGGGGAGAGCUCUUCAGCCGGAUCCAGGUUCGGGGAGAUCAAGCCUUCACUGAGAAAGAGGCGUCGGAGAUCAUGCGUGACAUUGGGACGGCCAUUGACUUCCUCCACCACAUGAACAUUGCACACAGAGACAUCAAACCAGAGAACCUGCUAUACACAAAGAAGGAGACCAACGCCGUGCUCAAGCUCACCGACUUUGGCUUUGCCAAAGAGACCACGUUGCACAACCCCUUGCAGACACCCUGCUACACACCAUACUACGUGGCGCCGGAGGUUUUGGGCCCGGAGAAGUAUGACAAGUCAUGUGACAUGUGGUCUCUGGGCGUGAUCAUGUACAUCCUUUUGUGUGGUUUCCCACCUUUUUACUCCAAUACGGGCCAAGCCAUCUCCCCAGGAAUGAAGCGGCGUAUUCGGAUGGGCCAGUACGAGUUUCCCAAGCCAGAGUGGACCGAUGUGUCCCAAGAAGCCAAAGACCUGAUCACUCAGCUGCUGAAGACAGACCCCACUGAGAGAAUGACCAUCACACAGUUCAUGAACCACCCAUGGAUAAAUCAAUCAAUGGCAGUCCCAGCAACACCUCUCCACACUUGCCGGGUCCUGAAUGAAGACAAAGCCACAUGGGAUGAUGUGAAGGAGGAGAUGACCUGUGCUCUGGCCACCAUGCGCGUGGAUUACGACCAGGUGACGCUCAAAGACCUGGACAUCUCUAACAACCCGCUGCUCAACAAGCGGCGCAAGAAGGCGGCCACCGGAGGCAAGGGGACCGUGUGCAACAGCCAGUAAUGCUGCAGGAGGAACGAGGAGCUAAAGGGAGGAGGAGGAGGAGGGAGGGGGAGACACUCCCUCAGGGACCCCUCCAGAGAGAGAGAGAGAGAGAAAGGGGCCCGGACGUGAAGGACGACAAACGAGAAUGAAGAAAAGAGGCCAAACUGUAAAAAUGUAGCCAUGCCUACAAACCCCAAAGGGGAGGCCCUUGACUGUAUAGUUCCCUUAUGGAAGCCAUUUGUUUUUUUAAUCGCCAUGACUGAGAACAGCUGCUAUCAGUAGCUGUUGAGCUGUUUUAUUUGUAUAGUGUGUAUGUGUGUGUGUGUGUGCGUGCGUGCAUGCGUGCGUGCGUGCGUGUGUGUGUGUGUGCCUGUGUCUGUGUCCAUAUGCAUCAGUAUUUGUGUGGCUUGUUUGCAAUGUUUUAUAUAUUUCAGCAGCUAAAGAAUGUGCUGGCAUGAUUUGGGGUGUCUGUGUGGGUGUGUGUUUCUAGUGUAUGUGUAUAAUGGCAUGCUAUGUUCAUGUCAUGCUAUGGGACAGUUUAUUCCUUCUACACAUCAUGAAACAGUCACUCAUCCUCUCGCUCUCUCGUCAGCUCACCCCUCACUGUGUGUGUCAAAAGCAAACCUUUAGACCAACAAUGAUGAGUCUUUUGAAUGUCUGAAGAUACACAUAUACAGUAGAUGUGAGUGUACGUAUUGAUGUUUCUUGUGUGACUUUAAUUAUACAAGGAUGUUGGAUUCAUGGAGGGGUUUGUGUGUGGGCUUGGAGCAUCCAUACGCCAACAGUUCACUCCAGAGGCUAUCCUGUACCUGUCACUGUCUGUACUGUUUUUUUUUUUUUGAUGUUGAGUCCUGUUAUCAGGAUUAAAAAUGAAUUGAAUUUUCAAAUUCGUAGAUUUUG